CACUUGAACACAAAGCCGAACACGGCCCCGAUCAAUCGCCCCGCAAUGCUCCACAAGGAUCUCGAGAUCACGCCGCCCACCGCACCAAUCAGCACCAGCAAUACGGCCGGCCAGUGUUUGCGCAGCACCCACCACACAAUCUUCCACACGAACAGGGAGUGCCCCAGGCACCACUCGAAAACGUCCUCGCGAGAUGUCAACAAGGAGGCCGUCAUGCGACGGCUGCGCGCACGCCUCGAUCGCCGGUCCCGGGGCGCGGACGCUGAAGCCGAUGCCCAGCUCCGUGCCCAAGUGGAAUUCUACGUACGCCUGCGCGCUACGCUCUUCGCCAACAGCGGCUCCGCGAACGUGGACGCCGUGGAUGCCGUCGCCGUCGGCGUCUUAGCCAACGACACGCUCUUUCCCGUCGAGCUACUAGAGACCGUGACCCUGCUGCCGCUACCCGACUCGCUGCACGUCGUCGCUGCGCCCCCGCAUGACCUGUUCACCCCCCCUCCGUCCAAGAAGCAGCGCAAGUCCAGGGCUCAGGACCAAGACGAAGACGACGCAGACGACGAGGAGGGUGCCCCCGAGGGCGACAGCGCGGAGGAGUACGAGUUUCCGCUACCCGCCAAGUGCCCGGUCACCAUCCGUCGCGACAUCUCCAAGAUCAUCAAGCAGGCGGGCACCCAGGGCAAGACUCCUCCGCGCAUGGCGUACCCGUGGGCCGGUCAGCGUGCCUGGUAUGACCCUCAGGAGCACCCUGCGCUGCACGUGGCGCACUGGCGCGUCUGGAUGCACUGGCGCGACGUCUUCUUCGCCUGCGCGCUGUACGCGCCUUCUGGCGAGUGCACGGCCCGCCGCAAGAAGAAGUCGAACACCGGCCAGGCACGGCUCGCCUUCAUCAGCCUGAACAUCGUCGAGCUCGGCUUCUACAACUUUCUGAACGUCUUCGAGAACGCCACCCACGACAACCUCAUGUGGCUAGGCGGCAAGGCAGCUUGGCGCUCGGUGGCCGCG